AUGUACCGGGACUACGUGCUCACGCGGAUCAUUCCAGCUAUCAAGGCAACGUUCCCUACCAUCAACAAGCGCGUAGUUCUCCAGCACGACAAUGCAACGCCACAUGGAGGCAUCACCGACGCUGACCUUGUGCCGGUCUCGACGGAUGGGUGGUCGUUUGUCGUUCGCUGCCAGCCACCAAACAGCCCAGAUCUCAAUGUGUUGGGUCUGGGCUUUUUCGCGUCAAUCCAAUCUUUGCAGUACAAAUUGGUUAGUCGCACUGUGGAAGAUGUUAUUCGUGCUACGCUCGCUGCGUUUGACCAGAGUGGCGGAGAGGCUCUGGACAAAGUGUUUCUUACCUUGCAAGCGGUGAUGCGCCUUGUCUUGGAGAACAAUGGUGGCAACCACUUUCGCCUGCCGCACUUGCGCAAGGAUGCGCUGCGUCGUGCCAAAGCGCUCAUGCCGAAUGUCUCGUGCUCUGCAUCUCUUUUGGGUUAA